AUGGCCGGGAGUGCGCCUAGGCAGUUCUGUCGCGACUGCUGGCGCCUUGCGAGGGCUGUGCUCGUUUUGGUGAUGCUCGCUGACAACGAUCAUUUGUUCGAUGCUACUGUUAGCGCUAGUAGCAGUAGCAGUAGCAGUAGCAGUAGCAGUAGCAGUAGCAGUAGCAGUAGCAGUAGUAGCAGUAGCAGCAACUCUGAACAUACUGUGUUGUUUGUCGCUCCUUGGUCGGCGUCUCUGAGGAGCUCAUCGUCCGCAGAAGAAUACAAAGAAGAUGUCAGAGCAUGUGGCUCACCGCAGACUGCUUGCCCUUCUAUUUCCGACGCAUUGGCCAUCGCCAGCAUUAUUCGAAGUCGGAACGCAGCCCGAUCAUCUGAGGUUGACUCCGAAUCGCCAAAGUCAGAGGUCGUCGGUACAAGCACCAUAGUGAUACACCUAUUGGCCAAUCAGAGGACGCGAUGUCGUGUCUCCUUGGGAAGCAACAAUGCAAGCUCGGCAGUGGCUGCGUGGAAGCUGAACAAACCUCUCAAACUGACGAAACUUGUGUUGGACGGUCGUAACUCGGCGGAUGGUUGUGAAAGAGCCAUUCUUGUGCCUCCAGCCAAAGCCAAGUCAGAAACUGACAAAGAGCGGACUGAUCAGAAGGAAGGGUUCCUCUUUGUCCUCGAAAGAAGCUUCGCUGUGGUGUUCAGACGUAUUGAGCUGAACGAAGAAGAAAGUCUUUUGGCUUCUACUGCGAAUCGGCCUUUGGCUUUCGUACUGUUGGAGGGUUGUAAGCAGGUAGCGUUUGUUGAGUGUGCUUUCAGAAGUACGUUCGCCAGUCAACAAAACAUCGUGAUCAGGAAUAGCUUCUUCGUGCAGUUCAUCUCUUCGGUGUUUGAAGGACAGGGACCCAGCCAGUUGGAACCUGUCCACAUCGCACCGGAUACUCAGACAUCAGUCGUGUUCGCCAGGUACAGCGAGGACCAGAAGUCAACACACGUUUCCAGCGAAGAGUUAUCCUCGUUUCAAGAAUGGAGGGACCUUGUGUUGCUAGCACGUUUUUCGAUCGAUUGCGGUGUGCAGGAGUCGGGGACGUUCAACCACCACACCAAGCGGCGGCCCUGCGGAACCCCUGCUGGUCCCACUAUCUGCUUGCCACAUCUUCUUUUCUUCGAAUGCAGCUUCUCCGAUAUCCACCCGCAUCGGUUUCAGCAGAUUGGAGAAGUUGGCGGCGGUGGGAGCGAAGACACGGACCCGUCGAUGCAGGCCGACUACGGUUCAGUUCUGUCGCUAGUUGUUUCCAACGGACCUGGCGUGACGAAUUUCAGGGCAAUGGUGGACACCUGCACUUUCGCAGAGAACAGUGCACGUUUCGGCAGCACACUGUAUGUCAAAGUGUUGCAGUACGAUGAUGAUGUUGCUGCUGCUGCCAAUCAUGGCAGUCAGCUGCCUGCAGAAGCCGCUUCAUUCAGUCGUGUGCAUAUCAGAGACACUCUAUUUUGGGGAAACUCGGCGCACAGAGGCGGUGCCCUUCACGUGAAAAUCGACAAUGGUGAACGCAUGAGCAUGCCCAUGCCCAGUGGAAGUCUCGUAUCUGUUGAAAACUGUCGCUUUGAACACAACCAUGCGUGGGAAGAGGGCGGUGCUGUUUCCGUGCACUUCUCCACGAUUCCAUCACAGCCGCAGAUAUGCUUGCGCAAUGUGACGUUCAUCGACAACACGGCCAGAAACAGUGCCACACCACAGUUUGGCGGUGCACUGCUAGUGGCAACAUCGAAUUGCAAUUCAAAGAAGAGUUCAACACGGCCAGCAGCCCGGGCCAGUACUGCCAUCCCUGUUCAGGUCCACGAUGGCACGUUCUUCAAUAAUUCCGGACUCGGCAGUGUGUUUGUGAAGUGCACCACGAUGCAGUUUACGGGAAAGAGCAACUUCACCAAGAAUCAAGAGUCGGCUGUCAUCUCCCAAGCGGCCCGCAUCUCCUUCCACGGAACAUUGCAUGCAGUGUCCAACAAAGCCAUGGAUGGCGGAGUGUUCGCUAUCCGCAAGAGGAAUUCACAAAUCGACCUGUCCCAGGUAGUUAACAUCACUGUUAGUGGGAAUAAGGCAGUCGGUAAGGGUACUGUGGUGUAUGCCGAUGCGAAUGCCUUCACCAAGAGAACAAUGAGUAAUCGUGUUCAAAGGAGGACUACUCGUUGCCCGUUUGUUCUUCCCAAGAAUUGCCCGCAGAACAAAGCUCAGUGCAUGGCGUUCUUCACAGGGAACGGCAAAGGACACUCUGGACUGCAUCUGACGUCGGUCAUGUACCUGGCUCGCCUGUAUCCUUGCAUUGUGGCGUACCAGCAGCUGGCACACAUGAUCUACAAAGUUGAGGAUCCUCGGUACUGUAUGCCGUAUGGACCAGCUCACUGGGAACUACAGAGUGAGUUCUUGCAGAAAGACCCACUCUACUGCUACAUAGCUGAUCAAUUCUCAUCGGAUGCACCGUGUCAGGAAAGUUGUGCUCUCCUGCUCAACGCCAGUUUACCACAGAGGAAAUCAUGCGAGUUGAACGACUUCAAGCAAGUCAAAGUAGGCACGAGCAGCAAUUUGACCACAAUGCCUACUGGCCAAACACAGCUGUCUCUUGCACAGCACUCACAAACUCACUCGGCAGCAGCAGAUGAUGAAGGUGCCGCAGCGGAGGAAGAUGAUGAGUCAUCUUUUGAUCGAUGUCUAGAAUACCAGAGGUAUAUGGAUACAACAUCCCCAACUGAUUCCCACAAGGCCAGGGUAAACGCAUCCAUGCAAGCUUGGAGAGAUACUUUCCACUCAACUAGAAGAGGAAUAUGUAGGGAUCACCAGGAGAAGUGUCACACUCCUAAUGCUUUUCUGUACCAGCCACAGCAGUUGUGCGUCAGUCAUGCCCAGAUGUUUGUUGUGCAAAACGAGCGCUUUGAUGCACAGUCGGAGCUGUCAUUCAUUCCGCUAGAUUCACUGACAACAUGGCUCAUCUUUGAGAAGACCACAACGUCGUGCUACAAGCAGAUAGGAGACGAUAUCUGGUACUUUCACAAGGGGUGCAGUUAUUCCAGCAUCUAUAACCAAGCAUUGCUGUCCAGCAAGCCAUUGCCAGUGGCGACGGACUGCACACUGCUAGAUCUGGCUCAGAGGUACGGCGAAUACGACGGAAUUCACCUGCUGCCUGUGCUGCCGGGCUACAAGUUUGUGAUGGCGCCCUGGGCCUCCACCAUUCUCUCCUGGCUGAGUCGUCCGCAACGGAGCACUGUACACUCCGAUCACCGGUGUCGUGUUGAUGAAGCCGGCCGGUUUAGCACAGCAUCCUGGCAGCAGAGCCUCGGCAACAUCACCUUGAACCCAGCGCCGGGAGAACAGUUUGAUCUGCAUGUCAGCGCAUUCGGCGAAAUGCUCAAUCCGCACGAUAUUCCGCUUUUUGUCUCGGUUGUGUCCGACCAUGAGGAUGUGCUACUUGGUCGGCCGGGAUUCAUCUUUCAGGCCACAAGACCGGAGAUAUUUUGGUCGCUGGCAGGCAUGCACAACCUGGUUCUCUACGGCAUUCCCGGAGCUCAAGGGUACUUGACAGUACGGGCUAAAGGCCUAUCCAUGUAUGGUGCCGCCCAUUCCAAGCCGGUUGUACUCAAGAUCCCAUUUCGUCUCCGCAAUUGUCACUUGGGAUACACGUGGCCAAAGACAUCACAUGUUGACGCACAGGAAUACACGAAGAGCUUCAACUCUGACGUCCACGACCCCUACUUGCAAAACCUUCGGGAGAUCGUGGAACAGAAACUUGCAUGUAGAUGCAGGCGUGAGUUACCCUGCGUUCGUGACUGCGGCCAAGGAAAGGAUGUGUACAUCUCGCCUUACUGCUGGGCUGGACGUAAUGAUAGCUCCAGUGUUCCCGGCCAACCUUUCAACUCUUCUGCACUGGACGGUAUUGGAGGCGGCUUUGUCAUGUCAGAAACAGCGUUCCUCCGCGCUGGCAGUGACCCACUAGGAACAUUGGAGCAGAGUCGAUCGCCAGAUGCCUUUGUCGCAACCUACUGUGACAAAGGCACAUGCUCGCAGCACCUUGGCAAGAGUAAGUGGCUUCUGGGACGUGAUGAGCCAUGCAGCGUGCAGUCCCACUCACGCGGCCUACUGUGUAGUGAGUGCAAGCCAGGAUACUCUCUGAGACUGGAGCAAUUGAGCUGCAGUGAUUGUCGCAAGCGGCCAGGAUCAUUACCACUAUACGCCGUCAUUAUUCUCCUGUUCCUCGUAGUGAUGUUUGUCUUCUCGCUUGCUCUGCUGUUCAACAUUGGUGUCACUGCUGUCAUGGACAUGUGGCUAUUCUUUGCCUUGGGCCACUACUGCAUCUAUGGUUCGAAUGAAAGAACAAAGGCUAUGUAUGUAAGCAUCAUAAACUUUGGCAUGUCCCAUAUCUGCUUAUCGACUGACUUGACACCGCUGCAACGGCAGACGGCCAUGCUGAUCUCACCAGUCAUGUCAAUGGUCUGCCUGAUGGUUUUCUACGCAGUGGGUAGAACACGUCACGGUCGCACACUGCGUGUACUGCAGCGCCUGCAGCGCCGUCACUCCAUCCGCCAUGUCCUCUGGCUGGUCUUGCUCUGGUCCAUCUGCCUGAUCACCUACUCCUCAUUCACAUUGCUGCGCUGCAUCAACAUUCGUGGCAAGCUGGUCGUGUUCAUCGACGCCACCAUGACCUGCUUCAGCAAAGAGCAUGCACUGUACGUGGCUGUUGCCAUGAUAUCGGUUGUUUGUUUUGUUCUACCAGUACCAAUCUUACUUGUCUGGCAACCUACUCACCGCUGGCCAACACUGAUUGGUCUGCUGGAUGAAGCCAAGCAUAUCUACGAACCAUCUUGCCAGUGGUGGGCUACCUACAACAUCAUGAGGCGAAUUGCAUACAGUAUACUACUGGCCAUAGUCACUGGUGGACCACACAAGAGAGCUGUCAUAUUGGUUAUGCUGGUGUUGGAGUUGGCCCUCCACGGCUAUAUAAGACCGUAUCGCCGGAAUAGAACACUGGGCAAGCUGAAAGACUGUGACAACACAUUGAUGUUCAUGCUGCUGCUCGUCCUCAUCGUCGAAUGUGGAUUGGACAUUGUACAGAAUGACCUGGUCGUGGCCCCAAUUCUGAGUGACCCACACUCCGUGAUGCCCUGCUCAAUCUUCCUUGGCGUGUCUGCCCUGCUGCUGGCCGUGUACGCGUAUCGCUUUGUGGACAGCUGGCGCAGCACGAUCCAGCAGCGGCCACGGCAAGCGUUGCUCUCAUUGUGGAGAGGCAACGAUGCCUCACAAACACUGCAGGUUAUUGAUACUGUUGUGGAUUUCAGAAGGGACGCCACCAAUGAGAGUCUUGCUCUGCAGACGCAUGCAACGGCGACAGAGAAUGGUGGCAGUCGUACGCGAUCAAACCAGAUGAAUAUGCCCACAUGGAAAAAUGUGGACCACUCAGAAGAUGACUCUGCAAAAAUAGCACUGAGAGAGCCGCUGCUCUGGGAUGAGUUAGUGCAAGCAGCUCAGCAAUGACGACCUCAGAGACCAUGUCAGCAUGCAGAAGUCACUGAAACUUGUUGCGAUGCUGUGCAAAGUGAUAUCUGAGUGGAAGAUGCACUGUCACUGGACUCUGCACUGGAUAACUCACCUCAGAAGCUUAGUUCAUGUGUAGCUACUAAGCAGCCGGACCCUGUCGUUAUCUAUUUUGAAUACCUUAUCCGGCCACUAAGUAAUUAGUUAGACCAAUUUCCAUUUGUGGACAAGCAGCAGUGUCCUUUCUGUAGCAGGGCUACAUGCACUCUGAUUUUGAGCACAUUAAAGUAGGCCUAGUUGCCCCGAGCUGCCACCUGUACCUAAGUCAGGCCUAGUUGCCCCGAGCUGCCACCUGUACCUAGUUGCCCCGAGCUGCCACCUGUACCUAAGUCAGGCUAAAGUAAACAGUGAGGUGCAAGAAGAGCAUUUACUGAGAGCUUCAACAUUGCUCUUAGCCUUUCUGUGAUUUUUCUGCUUCUCAUUCUUCAAAUGGAAAACCUUACACACGCACACCAUCUUCAAUCUUCAUUUGCU